AUGGAGGAACAGGUGAAGUUAUUCAUGGAAGUGACGAAUACAACAGAUGAGGAGGAGGCAAAAAAUAUCCUAGAAGCAUGUUAUGGAAAUUUAGAGGAAGCAAUAUCAACGUACAUGAGUAAGGUUGACUUUACUGGAAUGGACGAAGUAAGGAGCGUCAACACCAACUUUAGCCAAAGAGACGUGAAGGAAUACAGAGAGGAAAAUAAAAGUGUAUGCCAGAGAAACGAAGAGAAAAUAGAACGAGCAAAUUUUUUACAUGUACUUAACCAAUUAGGAACUUUAAUAUGUCCAAUAUUCAGAAAUGUUUGUAAUCUAUUGUCAGCUUGUUUUAAAUUAGUAAGCACAUACAUUGUAAGUUCAUUUGAAAGUAACAAUUUUUCCUCAUAUUAUGAAGAGAAAUAUGGGAAGAAGCAUGUGAAGUUUUUUAAAGGUAGUCUAAGUGAAGCUAUAAAAACAUCAAGGCAAGAAGAAAAAUUAUUACUUGUUUAUUUACAUAUCGAAAAUAAUGAAAGCAUAUAUUUCUGUGAGUCCAUUUUUAAGAAUGAAGAAAUAAUGUGUUUUUUUGAUUCAAAUUGUAUUUUUUUUUCACAAGAUAUAACCAAAGGAGAUGUUAAAGAAUUAGGAAAUACAUUAAACGUUUUUAUGUUACCACAGAUUAGUGUAAUAUUGACAAAUCAUGUUAAAGAAUUUCAAGAGUUGGCUAUUAUUUAUGGUACUCCAACAGUUAACCAUAUUAUAAAUACUGUAAGCCAUGGUAUUGAACAAAUGAAUAUGAAAAAAAAUAAUUUAAAAAAAAUUAAAAAUAAAAAUUAUACAGAUAGAUUAAUAAGAGAAGAACAAGAUCGAGAAUAUCAGGAGGCACUAAAAAAGGAUAAGCUUAAAGUAGAGGAAAAAAAAAAAAAAGAAGAUGAAAAAUUGAAAAAAAUACAAUUGAAAAAAAAUAUCAAAAAUGGAAGAAAAGAAAAGUUAAAGAAAUUCCCAUUACUAAUCAAGGAAAAUGAAAAAGCCACAAAAAUUUGCAUUCGAUUACCUAAUGGAGUUAAGAUACAAAACAAGUUUAGCUUGAACCAUACCUUAGAGGAUGUGUACGAUUGGGCCGAGUGUUCUGAAUUCUUGCAAACGAAUAGUGUUAAGGGAACGGCAGAAAAUGGAGAAGUUGGAGGAAAGGGACGAAAUUCAAAAAUGGAAGAAAAGGGACAAAGUUCUAAAAUGGAAGAAAAGGGACAAAGUUCUAAAAUGGAAGAAAAGGGACAAAGUUCUAAAAUGGAAGAAAAGGGACAAAGUUCUAAAAUGGAAGAAAAGGGACAAAGUUCAAAAAUGGAAGAAAAGAAAGAAUUCAGCAUUCCAUUCAAAUUCGAACUAGUUUGUGGACAUACCAAAGUUGUACUGAAACGAGAGAAAAAGGAGAUAAAGGAUUUCGAUCUUUACCCGAGUGCAGUCCUUAACAUGAAAUCCUUGGAUUCUUCUGAUGAAGAAUAA